GUCACUGCCAACUCAGUUAUUGGGUAAUAUCUAUUUUUAGAAUGAAUCACAGAGGCUCAUGGGACUGUUAUUUACAAAUGGACGGCAAAACAAAGUUAUUUAUUGGAUCUCUUAUCAAUUUCGCGCUGUGAAAGCCGUUAGCUUAUUUGUUGUGAUCUCUUAAAUUUUGACUGUAGUAGAAAAUUUAAAGAAAUGACAGCUAUAAAUGCUUUAAAUUUAGAAUUAUUUUUAAAUUUUACCUGAUAAGGAAUUUUAUUCAGUUCAGGGGGCUAAUUCAAUUUCGAAUUGUUUUAGUUUUGUUCUUCCUUGUUAAAGCCAAGCCAAGACCUUAUCAGAAUUAGUACUAUCAGCCUGGCCUAAUAAUUAAUGUUUCUUAUUUUCUGAGAAAUUAUCGUAAUCAAUAACUCAUGCAAUUUCAUUGUUAGUUUUAUCUUUAUGAAAAGCUAGCUGCGUCACUGCCUGAAGAAGACUAAAGCUCUCGUCUUUGUACUGAACCGAUUCCUCUCCCUCCAAAAAGAACAAGAAGAAACCAGUGGAGUAAAAAAAUAAAAGGAAUAAAACUUAAAACUUUGAUGCCAGAGAUGGCAAAAGGAUUGUGUUUGAAAUAUUCUGAGGAGAGAAAUGAAAUGUAUUCGAAGGAUAUUAUUCAAACUUGUGCUAAACAUAGACUUUGUUAUGCUCACCCCAAAAGUUUUCUAAAGAACAUUUACCUAAAUGGAUGUGAAAGUGUUAUUUUAAAUCAUCCUGAUUUAUUGCAAAGUUUCACGUUUUUAUAAGCAAUUUUAUCAUCUACUUGAGUGUGUCAAAACCUUAUGAACAAGUUAAUUUAACAAAUUAUUGCCAUCAACAUCAUCAACUGUGUGAACAGCACUAUUCUCAUUCCUAGAAAGAUUAGUCCUAUUGAAAUUAGAAAUCUGCAGUGAGUGUUGUGAAAGAUAAAAGAUUUUAAAUAAUAAUUGAAUAACUGAGUUUUUUGCGGAGACAGUCUUCGCUUCAAUUUAAAUACUGUGACUGAGAAUAAUAUAGAGAGUGCAAAAUGAAGCUACUUGAAAAUUCCAACUUUGAAGCAGUUAACUCUGCAUUAUCUAUGGACCUUGAGAACAGCAAUACUCAUCUUGACUUUCGGUCAGUAAAUAUUUUAAUUUAGUAAAUGUAUAUCAAUGUGGAUUGUGGUAUUAAAAUUAAAGGAUUUUUUUUUUCCACAAAUGGAAGAGUUAAUAAUUCCUUAAGUCUUAAGUAAAAAAUGUUAAUGUCUUUUCCAAAUGCAGCCAUUAUUCUUUGUUUCAUUUUCUUUAAUUAAUGUGAAUUUAUCAAUUAAUUCAACUCUUCCUUCUUUUUUUUUUAUUGGUAAGAUUAAUAAAUUACGUAUUUUCAUCCCAACCAGUGAAAUCAGUUUUAUAUAGAAAAUAUGAAUUUUGGGUAAUUUAAAUUUUGAAAAUGUUUUGUAUUAAGAUGAUGAAUAACAUCUUAAAUUUCAGCAUUGAGAGCUAUUCCUGCAAGAUGGCUGGUAAUGAUAAGCGCUUAUUUAAAACACUGAAUGAAGAAAAUCGUGAGGCACCAGGUGGGCUGCAGGCUUUGUCCCCACCACAAGCCUAUGGCUAUACUUACAACACAUCUAGCCCAAAUGAGUAUGUAGUUAUGUUAUUAUGAAAUGGAGAAUAACCUUUUACUUGUGUUGUUGAGAAAAUGUAAAGCUUCAAUUAUUUGUGAUUCUAACUAGUAUUUUUAAUUAUUGUUAGCUCUGAUUUAACUUAAGUAGUUCAAUUUGAAAGGAUUUUUAAAUAGUCUUGUGUUCAUCCCCAGUGCCAAUACCCUCUUUGUUGGCAGCCUGGAAGAAGGUGGGACAUUGUGUGACACCAUCUCUACCAAGACCCUCUUCUACUUGAUCUCAACUCUCAAUGCCUCUUUCAAUCCAGACUAUGACUUCAGUGCUGCUAAAAGCUCAGAGUUCAGCAGGGAAACUAGUUUAGAUGUAGGUCUUCUUAAUUUAAAUAAUAGGUUUAUUUGAUUUAAAUUCAAAAGUUCAAGGCCGGCUCUCAAUCAUGUAGGAACAUGAAUAAUUAGGUAGGAAAAAUAUUGAGUAAGAAUAUUUGUGUCAGCUUCCUAGCAAAAUGCACUUGUACUUGUAGUAUAUUGUAAGACAUAGAUUUUAUUGAACAUAAAACAUAAGCCUUUCUAAUUUGAUCAAUAGGGGUUGAGUUAUUUGAUUAUAAACUAAUUUUUCUCUUCUUGUUUUAUAGUGGGUUGAGCAAAAUAUCAAUUCGUCACUAUUUGCUGCUGCUGGGGACCGAUUUGGUGCCUUCAGACAACAACUUUGGUCAGCUGUUGAUGAUGAAAUUUGUUUAAAAGACUGCUACAUAUACAGGUAUAAGCUGAAACAUAAUGUACAGAUAUAUUUUAAUUGUAAUUGUAAGUCCUUAUUUCAUCUGCCUAAAAAACAAGAUGAAUUUUGUCGUUGCAUGUGAAAUAUACACUUUAUUUUUUAAAUCCACAGUUACAAUCCUGAUCUCUCAUCUGAUCCAUUCAGUGAAGAUGGUUGCAUUUGGUCUUUCAAUUACUUCUUCUACAAUGUGAAACUAAAGAGGAUUGUUUUUUUCUCCUGCCGAGCCACAAGGUAGCAAGCCCAUUUAAUUCAAAACAUAAGAACUACUACCACAGAUAGUAUUUAUCAUUAUCUGGAUAUUUACUGCAAAAUUAACAUAUUGUAUAUCAAAAGGCAUUAAUUGCAUAAGAUUUAUUUUCAUGAAGUCAUCAACACAUGUACCUCAUACACUUUACAGGAAUGAGGUGCUUGAUUAUGACACUGGUAUGGACAAUACCAUGGAUAACUCAGAUGAAUUGAUGUUUACUACGUAAGUUUUAUCCUAAAUAAAAGUUGUUAGUUAGGUGAUUGAAAGUCUUGUUGUUAGAGAUUAUAAAUUAUCACAUUAAGUGUUAAGUCUGGGCUUGGAUCAUGGACUUCCAAGCAAAAUGUUAAAAAGCUUGUCAGGGCUUUUUAACGCUAAUGCCCUUCUUCUCUUUAGUACCAAGAUGUGUUUUUAACAGGGACGAGAAAUACAUGUAUUGGGAAAUUUCUUUUAAAAGUUAGUGUUGUUCCUCCUCCACCUUGUCUUGUCAAGGCUGAAUUUUCCACUUAACCCUUUACAGUCUGAUGCGCCCGAAAUGCGCCGAUUUUUUCCUUAAGCGUACAGUCCGUUGCGGCCAAACCCGCCCAUUUCGAGGUUGUUUACUUUCGUUCUUGGCACAGCAGAAAUCCAUUGCGCAUUACUAUUUAUAGUUCUACCGGAAGAAAGCCUCGUUGUCGGCAUUUAUUUUGAUACUAGUUUGACCGCGGUGUGUUUAGGGGCUGAUUUUCUAUGAUUUUUUUAAAAGUCGCGAUUUUUUCGCUGUAAAAAAUGGCUAUCUAAGCCUUGGAUACACUUUUGAAAGAACUUAGGCCUAAUGAAGCUUCGCUAUUUCAUGAGUGGGAGGGUCUCUGAAACUAUUUUUAGGUUUAACUUUUGCUUUAAUCAUUUCUUUGUAUUUAGGUAUUUGUUAUUUUAUUUUCUUGCUUCUAGUUUAUUUUCUGUAAAUUAAUUAGAUAAAGGACCUUCAUUUAAAAUGGAGUUAUGUCCCUUUGCUUGGGCGCUGGGAUUAGACAAGGCUGAAUAGGCUUGGACUGUAAAGGGUUAAUUCAUCUAUAAAAUAGAUAAUUGCCAAAAAAUAGUUCAAAUAAACAAAAUUCAUGUUUUAAGUUACAGAAAUUGUGAUCCGUCUGUGAUCUGUUAUGAAAGUAAAACCUUAUAUUUUAACUUUCAACCAAAAACUGCAACUCAUAAGGAUUUUAAUUUUUUUUUUUUUUUUUAUGAUCAUUCAUAUCAGUCUUUUAAUGUUGACAAGAUUUCAUUGAAGCCACCACACACAAUAUCAAGUCAUGACCAAGUUAAGCAAAUUAUUUGUAUCGUUCUCAGCUUUAGCUCUCAUAAGUGUUGUGUUUUCCAUUGAUCAAAAUACAGCUGCUAUUCUACUUGUCUAAUCAUUUUCUGCAGGGAUGGGAGUCCUUAGAAGCUACAGCUUUUUAAGUGUGACCUAAAUCCAUUGGACAGCAUGUUGAAAACAUUCAAAGUGCAGCUGGCUGAUUAGUGCAUUUCCGUUUGGUAAAUUAGUUAGUAAUGAAAUAGUUGCAUACUCUAUGAACAUCCUUUUGAAAUUGGGAAAGUUUUAAGGUCUGGUGAUACUCUUAAGAGUAAAAUAUAAAAGUAUUAUUAAGCUAAGUUUGCUUUAAUAAAGAGUAAAAAUUUAUUAUUUGAAUUGAUGAAUUUUUUUUUUUUAGUUUCUGCUAUGUAUAUUUUUUUAAAGUAUCUUAAUUGUAGCAAAUGAUAGCAUUUAUGUCUAUGUGUCACCAUAGCUUUGUUUAUUUGGUUCAUAUUUUUGCAAAGAAUACUCUCAGUAUAAUUAUUUGCACAUAUUUUUAAUGCAUUUUGCUUGCCAUAAUUAUGGUGGAACUUCUAAAGAUUGGUAUAUAUUUAUUAUUUGAAAUAAUUGAAGGAAAGUUGAUCAAUUCCUUGACUUGAAGCUUGAAGACCUUUCAAGUGACAUAAGAGUUGAAUUUGAAGUCCCAUAAUUUAAAAAAAAAAAAGAAAAGUGGUCUGUAUGCAUCAUAUAUUUUAAAUGUAAAAUAGUUAUUUAAUCAAUUAAUCUUUAUUUAUAAUAACCACUUAAGAAAAAUUUUGGGAUUUUAAUUAAGAAAUGGUAUCUAUUGCACUAAAUGAGUAUAAUCAUUUUUAUAUUUACAAUAUUUAAUCAACACUAUAAAAACUGAAUAUUGAGUUUACUGCAGUUAUAUUAGGAUGCAGAAUAUGUUUCUGCCUUUUUUUAAUAACACAAAAAACAAGGGAAGAAGUGUUGUGCAAAUGAGGCUGAUCCAUGGAAUUAUCCCCCAUGACAUUUAGUUGUAAAAGUUAUAUUUUUCAGAAUUUUUUAAUUUCUGCCAUCUACAUUGCACACCACUGCCCCUAAUGGUGAGAAAUCCAUGAUGAAUGAAUAAAAACUUUGUCAAAAUACAACAUAACAGAGUUUUUAUGAGUUUAUUUUGCAGUUUUUUUUUUUUAUUUUAUUGCAAUUUUUAUGGUAAUUGAAAGAAGAGCGUGGAAAAAUUCUUUCAGUGGACUCUCUCAACCUGUUGAGCAGACUGUGACUUAGCCCCAAGAAGGCAGCUUGGCCUCAUGGCCUUAUAAAUAGUGAAUGGUUUAAAAUAAAUCCUCUCAGAAAUUAACCAACUUAACACUUUAUUAAUGCUUAUACAAUCUUUUUAAUGGUUGAUUUUUCCAGUAAUUUUGCAUUUCAUAUGAUUUUUGUGAUGAUGAGGUCUAAAGAUUAGAUCAAUUGCGUGUUGUGGUUUUUUAAACACAAAUUUGAAUUUAGGAGACAGAAUGAAGAAGUAGGUUUUCCUUUUAUUUAAAUUAUGAUUUUACAGUCAUGUUAUUCAGUCAGUUCAAUAAAUCUUUGAAUUUGGGGCAUGUCUGGUUCAAUUAAUGUGACAUCACUUUUCCUAUUCAUGCAACUAUAUUUUUAAACAAAUUAAAAAAAUUACCCUGUUUUUAGUUGUUGAUUGUGGAAGUUUGGGUGAAAGCUAAAUUGGCAUCAUGUACCCGAUUUUUGGUUUUAAAUCUUAAAUAUUUCAUCAUAAAUCCUGUACUCAGAAUCUGUUUGUAACAUUACUGGUAUUGAAACUGUCCAUUUAGUCCAUUUUAUUAAAGGCAGGAAACUAGUUGCUAUUUGUUAUUGUAUCAAAGUCCCUGUGUCUGCCAUACACAAACAAUGCUAAGUAUUUCUGGCCUUCAUAGGAUUUCAGUUCAUAAUAUACUCGAGUAGGAAAAUGAUUUUGAAUUCAUAAUCAUAACAAUCAUACUAAUUCUAAAAUAUGAAUUGAAUAAAGGUGAAACUGAGAUAUUUAGUGUAAAGCUUAAUACAAGAGUCAAACUUUUUUUUUAAACCCAUGUUAGCUGAAUAUGAUAACCAAUAAGUUUCCUUUUUAAAUUUUUUUCUUUUUGGUGUUAUUUGUGUUCAUUAGUUUUUAUGUAUGAAUGUAACGUCUUUGUUUCUUAAAAGUUAAAUUGGAGUUUUAUUUUAUUUCUAAUAGAACAGUAGAAACUCAACAUGACUCAAUAUGUUUAAAUGCUUGCUUCACAUUUUUUAAUCAGCAUGUAAAAAGAGUUAUUCUACUUAUUAAGCAGAUACCGUAUCUAGAUUAUAGUAUGAUUCAGGCUCAAAAGAGACACCACUUUUAUCAACUGAGACAAAUUUUCAAAAAAUAUUCAAGUGCACCAAAAUUAUAAUUUGAAGUACGCUCGUCUUAUUAGUAUUCAUUUUCUAAACAUUACAUUAAAAUUAGGAUGCCACACACACACAUGAUUAUAAAGCUAAUCCAAAGUUGGUCUCCUGGGAAAUUUCCCCUUGAACAAAGUAUUGAAGAAAAUGUGUGAAAUAAUUUUUGUAACAGAUAUAGCUUUAUUUAAAAGUCUGUUGUAAAAUCAUGUGCAUCGCGAGCAUAAAAUAAUUCAGACAUCAUGAUCAAUGUGAACAAAAAAUGGCUUCAGAGCUUAGAAGUUUGUUGGGUUUUUUUUUCCUUUAAAAAAAAAAAGAAAAUUAAUUUUUAUGGUAAAAUUGUAUACUUCAUGCACAAAUUGGGUAAAAUUUCAACUUUACCUCCUUAUUUUUUUUAUCCAUUGGAAAAAAUAUUUUGUAGAAAAAAAACACCUUUUGCCACAUCUUCCUUGUUAAGUUGUAAAAUGUUGCUUCAUACCUUCGCAUGUGCUUGUUUAUUGAAGCAUCACUUGUAAAUAUGUAUCAAAAAUUACCAUCAACUUUAUGGCUCAUUAUAGAAGAAAAACUUUUUUUUUUAAGCAAAGUAAAUGGCACUUUUUUACAUCUAUCUCCCCUAUGUUCUGAAAUGUGUUCAUAAUUAGUUUAUAAUUAUUGUAUUGAUUUCCUAAAGUUACAGCACAACUAACCCACCACCCCCAGUACUAAAAAAAAAAUAAUAAUACAUGUAUAUUUUUGUAUCAAUUGAGAUUUUUUUCUAUAACAGUUUCUUGUUGGUCUGAUUGAAUUGU